GCAAUGUGUAGCGAAAGGAUGCACGUGCUACUACAAGAAGAGCUGACGCGCGUGGGGGAAAGUACAGACAUGAGCGGUAGCAGCAGUUCCCAUGGAAGUGGAACACAACAGCAGAGGACGGAGGAAGCCUGGAAAAGAGCGCUGAGGAGUUGUUUCCUGAGAAUUGACGAGAUGGCUUCAACCACAUGCGGCGAUUGUGGAACUGUUGGCCACCAAUGCAACUGCCCACGCAACACCUUAGGUCUGACGGGCUCCACCGCCGUGGUUGCAGUUUUGACGGAAGAAACUAUAAUUGUAGCCAACUGUGGUGACUCACGCGCCGUCCUUAGCCGCGAUGGAAAGCCCAUCCCUCUUUCCUCUGAUCAUAAGCCGGAUAGACGCGAUGAACGAGCCAGAAUAGAAGCGUCUGGAGGCCUAGUUGUUUUUGCAAAUGGGGCACGGGUUCAAGGAAUUCUUGCCAUGUCUAGGGCAAUAGGAGACAAGUAUCUAUCGCCAUAUGUAAUAUCCGAGCCUGAGAUUACCUUCACAAAAAGGGAAGCAGAGGAUGAGUGCUUGAUUCUUGCCAGUGAUGGUUUGUGGGAUGUUAUAUCAAACGACAUGGCGUGUGAGGUGGCUAGUGAGUGUCUUCGAGAGGAAGAUCCAGCUGAGGACCAUAGCUUCAGUCCUUUGGUAGAAGGUGAUAGCGGAGGAGCUAUAUAUUCUUCCCGAAGUUCAUCAGCAGCUGCGCUGCUUACUCAGCUAGCUAUAGGACGGAAUAGCUGUGAUAACAUUAGCGUGAUUGUGGUAGAUCUAAAGAGAAGUCAUACUGGAGGAUAGUUUCAGGAAAAGGUAACUUAUUGAAGUGAACCAUAUUGGAUAGCUUGUAUACAACCAAAGAGAAGUUUGGAGAUGGUUUUAUCGACCAUAGCACAAGGUUUUUAACUUAAUCCGUGUAUUUAAAGAUAGUGAUCAGUACUUGAAUUUAUUUAAUUUGGUUUCUGUCUUCAAUUGCCAUUAGCAAGUGAUCUUCUAGGUUUAUCUCUUCCCUUGACUGUGGUUGCUUACUUGUAUUCAAUUUACCGG